AUGUCCUCUCCGCAGAUGGUCAUGGUCGAUCCGAGCUCACUGGCCACUGUUCUGACGUUGGACACAUCGUCGACUCCGCAUCAUGCUGCUUUUGCUCCUGCUGACUCGAACAUGCUCGCCAUCGCUGUCAAUGGCGGUGUCGAACUGUGGGAUCUGCGCGCCGCCGCUCUCGCUGGUCGACCUGCUCUCGAGGUUGCGCUUCCAUCCUUUUCGGCGCCCAAGGGCUACGAUGCUGCGUACAAGACCCAGGCUGCGCUCGGUGUUGACAUCGAUGUCUCGGGACUCGCGGGUCUACUUGUGGGAUAUCCGCGCUGGCGACUCGGCUGCCCGCUGACCUGCAUCGCCGACUCGCACUCGGACGAGCAGCCGGUCUUCCACGCCCGCUUCCUCCCGGGCUCAUCGACCCAGCUCAUCACCGCUGGUGACGACGGCCUCAUCUGCCUCUUUGACGCCGCCGAUGGCUCGUGGGACGAGGACGACUCGCUCGUCGGCGUCCUCAGCCAGGGUGAGUCGUCGCACAGCAUCGGGUUCUUUGGUCCGUCAUCAGAGUUCCUCUGGACCAUCACAGGCACGUACAACAUGGUUCUUUGGUCGCUUGAAGACGUUGAGUCGAUCCUCACCACAUCGUCGAUGCGUGAGGACCUCGGCGUCGCCACCCUGGUCUCGGCCUCAUACGAUCGCGCGUCAGAGCAGCUCGUCGCCUUUGGCGCCGACCCCGUGGGCAACGUCGUCGCCGCCCACGUCACUCUAGACGCUAUCGAGCCUGUCUUUACUCUCAGCGGCGGCCACGCCGGUCACAUCCGCGCAGUCCACUGGAACAGCACCAUUGGCAACGCCUACACGGCCGCUGAGGACGGCCUCAUCCGCGCUCUCCGUCCCGCCUUCUUCCUCCGCCGCCGCCUCUUCAUCACCCUCCGUCUCUCCCGCCGCAUCGCCCGCCGCAUCGCCAGCUGCAGCCUCGUCCUCCCGCAAGGCCCGUGCUAG